CCAAUGAGAUUUCUAUUUUUUGUCGACGCGUGUUUUUUUUUUUUUUUUUGCUGUUCUGUCAUGGCGACCUACAAAGAGGCUUCUUUGGCCACUCGGCCAAAAACAUUAGAUCCAGCAGAGUAUUUCAAUCUUUCCCCUGAAUACCGGCGGGCUGAGGAGAAAAGAGCGGCUCUGCGGGCUCAACUGAAGCGGCAGUAUCUGCAGCAGCUGAACAAUCCUCAUCGGAAAGAGCUGAUUGAGGAUCCUGCUCUUACACGCUGGACAUAUGCACGCACCAAUAACAACUACUUCAGGCCGACUGCUAAAACUUCAUUAAUUGGUGGCUUGUUUGGAGUUCUUCCUCUUUUCGUCUUGUAUGUGGUGUUUAAAUCAGACCGGGACAAAAGGGAGGCCAAGAUUAAGGCAGGGACCUAUGAGCGCCCCUAUAAACUGUCAACAUAAAAUUUUUGAUUCCACUGUUUUAUGACAACACCGAGUACUUGUAAUUAUAUUCUAAAUAAAAUACUUUAUUGUUGAAACUUCCUUCAUCACGGUUAUUGAAGAAAAAUAAGUCUCAGAGUACUUUGGUAAUUUCAUAACCGGGUUUCUGCAGGUCGAAAAUUAAGGAUUUAAAAAGGUCAGAGCAGUGUUAUGGAUAAAUGUGCCAUGAUGUAUAAAUCAAGAUAUUAAAUGUUGCCUGCAUUGCUACAAAUUGAAUAUAUUUCUCAGUAUUGUCUAGAUGUAUAUAAUAUCUGACAUCCUUAAAUCCAGAUCCAUGAGAUACAACUUAAGAUGCAAAAUGUAUAUAAGAAGUCUUGUUUUCUGAAAUAAUUAUUAAAAUUAUGUGAUCUUGUGUGGUAUAUAAACCAUAAAAUUUUCU